AGCACAGCAGAGCUUGGGGAGCAAAUUGACAACCUGCAACGAGUCAAACAGAAGCUGGAGAAGGAGAAGAGUGAACUGAAGAUGGAGAUCGACGACCUGGCUAGUAACAUGGAGACUGUCUCCAAAGCCAAGUCAAAUCUUGAGAAGCUGUGCCGCACUCUGGAAGAUCAGCUCAGUGAGAUUAAGACAAAGGAAGAAGAGCAUCAGCGUACGAUCAAUGACCUCAGUGCUCAAAGAGCUCGUCUACAAACAGAAUCGGGUGAAUUUGCGCGCCAGGUAGAGGAAAAAGAUACUUUGAUUUCUCAGCUCUCAAGAGGCAAACAGGCAUUUACCCAACAGAUUGAGGAACUGAAGAGACAUCUAGAGGAGGAGAUAAAGGUGAGGAUUUUUCCAACAGCCUUUUCUGUGAAGCUGGAUUCUUGUU